GUUGUGGUGGCCAUCAACCCUCUUGCCUGGCCUCGCUCCGAGGUCAUUCGAUUCCCAGUUUCAUCCCCCAACCUCCUAGUCACCGACGCCUCUGGCUCCCCCAUCCCCUCUCAAGUGCUCAGGGAGACACUCCUCUCCCCCACCACCCGUGCCACCUACAUCGCUGCUUACACGGGCACGGGGGGCACGGGAGGGGAGGAAGUAGGGGAGGAGGCGGGAGAGGAAGGGGAGGAGGCGGGAGAGGAGGGGGAGUGGAAGGAGUUGGAGGAUGGGCAGUGGCCGCAGCCGAGCCAGCAGAGGAAGAGGAAGCAUCGGAAAAGGCAAGAGCAGGAGCAGAAGGAGGAGGAGCAGCAGGCGGUGCUGUCGCUUGUGUUCAGAGCCGAGGUGCCUCCUCUGGGAUACGCCACCUUCUUUGUCUCUCCAGCCACCCAAGACACCCCAGGCCGGGCGCACGUGAGUGAGGCAUGGAGCAAUACGGCAGCCGGCACUACAGCAGCACGAUCUGGGGCAGCGACGGCGCAGAAGAAACCGAGCAAGGCUGAGAGGGGGAGGAAGGCUAGAGGGCGGAGGAUGGGCGGGAGUGGAGGAGUAGAGAGAGAGAUGGGUGGUGGCGACACGGGAGGGAGGCAGCUCCAGGGUGGGGGGGGAACAGAGGAGGACAAGACGGGAGGUGGAGGAGGAGGGAGCGGGCAGGAGGGGGUUGACACCGUGGUGCUGGGAGGAUGGCAGGGUGCCGGGGCCUCUGGUGGUGGCGGUGCUGCUGGUGCUUCGAGGGACAGUGGGAAGCAGGCGGCGUUGCGCGUCUCGUUCUCCAAGUCGGCUCUGGGCAUGCAGCGGAUGGAGCUGGUCUCUCCGAGUGCAAGUGGCUCAGGGGAGAUUUCGCACAUGUCGAUGCCAGUGAACGCCACUAUGAUGGAGUACGCCUCAUACAGUGGUGGUGCAUACAUCUUCGAGGCCUCCCAACCCGCCGAGCCCAUCACCAAGCGUGGCUUCCAGGUGCCCAUUCACAUCCAGCGUGGACCAAUCGUGGAGGAGUUCACUCGCAAGGUCACUCCGUGGAUCUCAGAGGUCUUCAGAGUGUAUCCCGGACAAGACUAUGCCGAGCUGCACUAUUCGGUGGGCCCGCUCCCCGCCAAGGGCCGCAACCACGAGGUGAUGGCUCGCUUCACUGCGCCCAUCAACAGCAGCAGGACCUUCUAUAGCGACUCCAACGGCAGGAGCUACAUCAAACGGGUGGUGGACUACCGCUUGGAUUGGAAGCUCCAAGUCAGCGACCCCAUAGGAGGCAACUACUACCCGCUCACAGUCGGAGCGUUCAUAAAAGACAAAGCAGCCCAGCUGUCGGUGCUCGUGGAUCGGGCGGCAGGUGCUGCCAGCCUGGCAGCCGGCCAGCUGGAGGUCAUGCUGCACAGGGCCCUCCAGUCGCUGGACGGUAAGGGUGUGGGCGAGCCGCUACAAGAGAGCAUUACCGUGGAGGGGAAGACUCGCCCACUCACGGUUGUGGGCGCCCUGCGCUUUGGGCUGCAUGCUACGACGGACCCCAAAGAGGGAGGGAAGCAAGGGAAGGAAGGGGUGGGGUUGGGGCGGGGGAGUGAGUGGCGGAGGCAGCACGCCCAGCGGCUCAUAUCCCCUCUUCAGCUCGCCUUCGCUCUUCAGACACAGGAGUCCAUCAAGGCAGCACAAGGCAGCUACACGUGGCACUAUUCCCUCUCCCAACCAUCCUCCACGUCACGCCCAACCAACCCUGACAGUGCUUUCUCCUACGCUGUCCCUCUGAACGUUGCAGUCAUCUCGCUGCAGGAGCUUUCACCCAGCGAGGUUGUUGUGAGACUUGCUCACCUCUAUGAGCCUGGGGAGCAUGCUGCCUUGUCUCGCCCCGCCCAUGUGGACCUUCGCCGCUUGUUUGCAGCGAGAAAGAUUCAAGAGGUAGCAGAACUGAGUCUGAUGGCCAAUCAGAGACGAGCAGAAAUGCGGCAACCUCUAUCAUGGCAAGUGCAGGUAGAAGAUGAAGUUGGAAGAGAAGGUGAUAGUAAUAAUUUUAAGGAUACAGCCUCGACCCAAGGACCCUUUGUGGAUCCUGCCACUCUUGUGGUGGAGUUAGGGCCUGCAGAAAUCCGCACUUUUUCGAUCAGGCUACAAGCUACUUGAUUUCAUAGUAGUGGAUGGUAAAAAUAAAGCUCCAAAUAAAGUUUGCUGAAAUUGUUCACUCGUUUGUCAUAAUCAAUUCUUCAUUAUCUC